AUGGAGCCAGGGGAGGAGCUGGGCCCCUUGGAUGAAGAGGAAGGGGAGAUCCUGAGAGGACCCUGCGCAGAGGAUAGGACAGUGAAGAUAAAGGAGGAGAAUUGCCUGCGGGAAGCGGAAGCAGAUGGGAGGCUAUUGGGAAGAUCCGAAGGGAGCAUUUCCCCGAGUCCCGAGAAGGUGACUACCUACGAGAGUCAAUGCAGUUCAAAAGAUCUGGGGAAAAUUCCUGUAGAGGAGUCACAUGGUAAAGCCAGUACCACAGGCAGAGCUCUCAGGAAAUCUAAAAGUAUAAAAGUCCAUCAGAGAAUCCACAUGGGAGAGAAACCCUAUAACUGCCUUGAGUGUGGGAAAAUCUUCAAUCGGAGGUCAUUUCUUAUUACGCAUCAGAGAAUUCACACUGGAGAGAAGCCCUAUAAAUGCCCCGAAUGUGGGAAAAGCUUCACUGUGAGAUCAACCCUUAUUAAACAUAAAAGAAUCCACACCGGAGAGAAACCCUACAAGUGCCCCGACUGCGGGAAAAGCUUCCGUCUGAGCUCGACCCUUUGUACCCAUCGGAAAAUCCAUACAGGAGAGAAACCCUAUGAGUGCCUCAAAUGUGGGAAAAAAUUCCGAGUGAGCUCUUACCUUCUUGCACACGAGAGAAUCCACACUGGAGAGAGACCCUUUAAGUGCCCCGUGUGUGGGAAAAGCUUCAAUCGGAGAUCGAUCCUGAUUGUACAUCAGAGAGUCCACACUGGAGAGAAGCCCUAUAAAUGCCCUGACUGCGGGAAAAGCUUCAGUGUGAGCUCAGACCUCACAGCACAUCAGAGAAUCCACACAGGAGAAAAACCCUAUAAAUGCUUUGAUUGCGGGAAUAGCUUUCGUCUGAGCUCCCACCUUACCAGACAUCAGAGGAGCCAUACUGGAGAGAGACCCUAUAAAUGCCUGGUCUGUGGGGAAAGCUUCAGUGACUGCUCAGCCCUUGUUAAACACCAGAGAAUCCACACAGGAGAGAAACCCUAUAACUGCCCCGAGUGCGGGAAAAGCUUCAGUCAUUGCUCAGCCCUUAUGAAACAUCAGAGAAUCCAUACAGGAGAGAAACCCUUUAAAUGCCUGGACUGCGGGAAAAGGUACAAUGACAGCUCAACCCUCCGGAGACACCGGCGAAUCCACUCAGAAGACAGGCCCUAUAAAUGCCCCGACUGUGGGGAACGAUUCAGUGUGACCUCAGGCCUUAUUAGACACCAGAAAAGCCACACUGAGGAGAGACCUUUUAAAUGUAGUGAGUGCGGGAAAAGCUUCCAGUCGAACUCACUUCUUAAAACACAUCAGAGGAUCCAUACGGGAGAAAAACCCUAUAAAUGCCCUGAGUGUGGGAAAAGCUUCCGUCAGAGCUCCCACCUCAUAAGGCAUCAGAAAAUCCACACGGGAUAG